UCAAGCUAACUGUUAACAUUUGUGCAGCUGGAGUAAUCUAACGUGUUUACCAACUGACUGUCGGUACAUUUUGACUCGGUUUAAGAAACUUUCCAGUCAUUUAAUCCGGUAUUUUUUAUCCGCCCGCUGUCAGCUCAAACACCGAUUCUGAAGAGUACCGGUGCAGGUGGGUAGCUGCUGGUAGUUAGCUUGUUGGCUAGCUCCUGAGCUAACAGAAUGGACCUGUUUGACGACCUGCCAGAACCCACACAGACCUCCGGUCCAGUUUCAGCUGCGCCGGUCACAGCUCGACCACAGUCCACCAAAGAAGAAGAAGAAGAAGAGAAGGAGGAGAAAAGUAUAAAACGAAAACGAGAAGAUGCAGAGUCUUGCACUGAUAAAAGAGAGGAAGAUAAGGAGGAGCGAGGGGAGAUCAAGAAAGUUUGUAAAGAAGGCCUUCCUGUAUUGAAAGGCUAUGUGGCAGCGAGGCGUGGUGAGCGGGAGGAGAUGCAGGAUGCUCAUGUUCUGCUGCCGGACAUGAGCAGCUGUCUGUCAGCUCUACCAGGACAAGUGACUCGUGUAUCGUACUUUGCUGUAUUUGAUGGUCAUGGUGGAGCUCGAGCCUCUCGAUUUGCUGCAGAGCAUCUCCAUCACAAUCUGUCCAAGAAGUUCCCCAGUGGAGAUACUGAGAAUGUGGACAAGCUGAUUAAGAAAUGUCUCCUGGACACUUUCAAACAGACAGAUGAAGACUUUCUGAAGAAAGCUUCCAGCCAGAAACCAGCGUGGAAGGACGGCUCCACAGCCACCUGUGUGCUGGUGGUGGACGACAUAGUAUACGUGGCCAAUCUGGGAGACAGCAGGGCGGUGUUGUGCCGGUUGGAAGCAGCAGCAGCAGCAGAUGGACAGAGGAGGUUGGUGACUCUCGCUCUGAGUAAAGAACACAACCCAACUAUGUAUGAGGAGAGAAUGAGGAUCCAGAGAGCAGGAGGUACCGUCAGGGACGGCAGGGUGCUGGGUGUCCUCGAGGUGUCUCGGUCUUUUGGAGAUGGUCAGUACAAACGCUGUGGGGUCAUUUCAUCCCCCGACCUGAGGAGGUGUCAGCUCACAGCUAAUGACAGGUUCAUCAUUCUGGCCUGUGACGGUUUGUUCAAAGUGUUUUCUGCUGAUGAAGCUGUUAAAUUCGUCCUCAACAUCCUGCAGGAGGGGAGUGUGGAGCAGAGGGCGGGGCUGACGGAGGAGGAGGUGCGGUUUGAAGCUGCCUGCCAACAACUGGCCAGUGAGGCAGUGAGACGAGGCUGUGCUGACAACGUAACCGUGAUCCUGGUUUCUGUUGGCUUCUGAACACAUAUACACAUCAUCAUCAUCGUCAUCAUCAUCAUCACAACACAUGUACACAGCAACAGUUUGACUCAAAUGCAGCUGAUCUAAUGUCUCCUCAUUGUUUUUUUGUUUUUUUUUAAAUAAAAACCUUUUCUUUA